AUGGAUGAUAAAGGAGACCCGAGCAGUGACGAGACACCAAAAGCCAUCAAACCCACAAGUAAAGAGUUUCGGAAAACCUGGGGCUUCCGGAGAACCACGAUUGCCAAGCGUGAGGGCGCCGGGGAUGCGGAGGCCGAGCCUCUGGAGCAGCCGCCUCAGCAGCCGCAGCAGAGCCUUUCCUUGCGGCGCAGUGGGCGGCAGCCCAAGCGCACUGAGAGGGUGGAGGAGUUCCUCACCACAGUGCGCCGCAGAGGGAGGAAAAACGUUCCUGUCUCCCUCGAAGACUCAAGCGAGCCCACAUCAUGUCCAGUCACUGAUAUUGAAACUGCCUCUGAAGGGAGUGUAGAAAGCACCUCUGAGAUCAAAAGUGGUCCAGAGCCUGGUGCUGUAGACACUAAGGAACAGCCAUCUUCUGAAAAGGCGAAAGAUGGUGACGAGGACGAUGACGCUUCCGAUAGUGAUAGUGAUGGGCUGACUCUGAAAGAACUUCAGAAUCGCCUUCGAAGAAAGCGAGAACAGGAACCAACCGAUAGGCCCCUGAAAGGUGUACAGAACCGCCUGCGAAAGAAGCUGCGCGAGGAUGCAGAGACUCUGGGUGUGGAUGCAGGCCACACUGAUGAAAGCACACUGCCCAGUAAGCCAGAGCCAGAGCCUGAACAGGCGGCAAGGGAUGAUGAGGACAGCAGGCUGGAAGGGAAGGCCCCUCAGGGACUCACGGAGGAGGAGCCCAGAGAGGCCAUCAAACCCAAGCCAGAGUGUGAGGUGUAUGACCCCAACGCCCUUUACUGUCUGUGCAGACAGCCUCAUAACAACAGGUUUAUGAUCUGCUGUGACCGCUGUGAAGAGUGGUUUCACGGUGACUGCGUAGGCAUCUCGGAGGCUCGAGGGAGGCUUCUUGAAAGAAACGGGGAAGAUUAUAUCUGCCCAAAUUGUACCAUUCUGCAAGUGCAGGAUGAGACUAACUCAGAAACCACAGAUCAGCAGGAAUCUAAAUUUAGACCUGGAGAUACUGAUGGCACAGAUUUUACAAGCAUAGGGACUGUGGAGCAAAAAUCUAAUGAAGACCAAGGAAUCAAGGGUAGAAUUGAGAAAGCUGCAAAUCCAAGUGGCAAAAAAAAACUCAAGAUAUUUCAGCCUGUAAUCGAGACGCCUGGUGCCUCGAAGUGUAUUGGCCCUGGGUGCUCGAACCUGGCGCAGCCGGACUCAGUUUAUUGCUGCAGUGAUUGCAUUCUCAAGCAUGCUGCAGUGACCAUGAAAUUCCUAAGUUCUAGUAAAGAACAAAAACCAAAGCUGAAAGAGAAGCCCAGGGUGAAAGCAGAAAAGCUCAUUCUUCCAAAAUGUAGUGUCCAGGCAGGCAUUAGAAUUUCUCCUAUGCUCAAGAGACCAGCUCCAGACUAAAAAGAAAAUGUUGCCAAGAAGAUUCUGGUGGCACCUUCUAGGAUUGAAGCACUGGUUACGGAAACAACACCUGAGAGCAGCACGCCAUCUUGGGCGAGCGAUCACAAUUACAAUGCCAUAAAGCCGGAAAAGACUGCUGCUAUUUCAGCAUCACUGUUGUAUAAAUCUGUGAAAGACGACCAGCGGCCAAGGGAGAAACCAGCGACCGCUGUCAGCAUACCCAAGAAAUUGGCCCCCGUGCUUGGUAAGCAGCCUGGGAAGCUCGUUCCCAAGAAGUCACCUACUUUCACCCACGUGUCAGCAACCAAGCCGCUUGUGAAGAAGUCCCCCUCGGCCUUCAAGGGUACAAUUCCCAAGAGGCCCUGUCUCUCAGUACCCACGGGCAGUACAUCUACUGCCAGGCAGCCAGGUGUGGCACCUGCAGCAGCAUCCGGCCCUCGGAAGGUGCUUGGCCCUUCUGCUGCAGCUGUGACAGGAGCUAUGAGGAAGCUAGUGGCUGUGUCUGUACCUGCGCCCUCUCCAGCACCUGGGCGUCUUGGGGCUGCAGGGCCCACCCCAUCACAGCCAAAUUCUCAAAUUCGGCAGAACAUACGACGCUCGCUCAAAGAGAUUUUGUGGAAAAGAGUCAGCGACAGCGAUGACCUCAUCAUGACUGAAAACGAAGUGGGCAGAGUAGCCCUCCACAUUGAGAAGGAAAUGUUCAACUUGUUCCAAGUGACAGACAACCGCUACAAGAGCAAGUACCGCAGCAUCAUGUUCAACCUCAAGGAUCCUAAAAACCAGGGCCUCUUCCACCGUGUGCUCCGUGAAGAAAUCUCUUUGGCAAAACUUGUCCGGAUGAAGCCAGAAGAACUCGUAUCUAAGGAACUUUGUCAGGUUUCAUCAUCAGAAGAUGAGCCGGCUCAGAAAAAACCAAAGCUGUCGACUUCUGCCAAGAAGGAGGAUAUCAGGUCCAAGUACGAUCUCCCUCCCUCUGAGCCUGCUGCUCACGCCGACAGAGGGGUGUCAGAAAGCCCCUGUGAGGUCACGGCUGAGCCCCACACAGAUGCAGAGAAAAGCCAGGCCCCUGCUCCUGCAGGCACUGACCAUCUGGAGCCACUUCCCUUGCAGGACUUUGCCUCCUUCUCAGCCUCCUGUGCGGGCUCAGUGGUGACCACAGUCACAGUAUCUGGCCGAGACCCCAGAACUGUUCCAAGUGGUGUGGGUACAGUCCUGGCUUCUGCAGCAGCCCACCCUACCAGCUGCCUCCUCUCAGAAAUCUGGAAAGGCUUCAUCAACAUGCAGAGCGUGGCAAAAUUCGUCACAAAGGCGUAUCCCGUAUCUGGGUGCUUUGAUUACCUCAGCGAGGAUCUGCCAGAUACCAUUCACAUUGGGGGAAGGAUCUCACCGAAGACAGUUUGGGAUUAUGUUGGCAAACUCAAAUCUUCUGUUUCUAAGGAGCUCUGUCUGAUCCGUUUCCAUCCUGCUACUGAGGAGGAGGAGGUGGCCUACAUCUCUCUGUACUCGUAUUUUAGCAGCCGAGGCCGUUUUGGGGUUGUCGCUAAUAACAACAGGCACAUCAAGGACCUCUACCUGAUCCCACUGAGCGCGAAGGACCCUGUCCCAUCCAAACUGUUGCCCUUUGAGGGACCAGGUCUUGAGUCACCACGUCCAAAUAUCAUUCUUGGGCUAGUGAUCUGUCAAAAAGUGAGGCGUCCUUCAAACACAGGAGACCUGGACCGGAUGGAGGAGAAGCGGAGUCGACUUCAAAUGCCAGAAGAUGGAGAGGCCUCGGCCUACCCCAAGGUGGUGCCCACUCCCCAGGCCGACAGGAAGACCUCCAGGCAACCGCUCUACACCUCAGACCUUGCUGCCAGCACCACGCCACCCGGCUCCCCACCGCCGCCACCACCCCCGCCACCGCCCCCACCGCCGGAACACCCAGGCCCUUCAGUUUCGUCAUCUGUGUUAAAAAUAAUGUCUUCUCUCAAAUCAGGGGCCUCAAACACUACAACCCCUGCAACCCUGGCCCCGGCCGUUACUACUGCCCCCUCUGCUGCCCCCUCUGCUGCCACCUCUGCUGCCACCUCUGCUGCCUCAAAGACUGCUUCGCCCCUGGAACACAUCUUACAGACUCUCUUUGGAAAAAAGAAAUCAUUUGACCCCACGGCCAAAGAUACUAUGGACCCUGCUCCGGCUACUCUCCCAGACUCCAAACCCAGGGUGGAGGAUGUGGUGGCAGCCACUCCUCUAUUAGACCCCAUUGUACAGCAGUUUGGACAGUUCUCCAAAGAGAAGGUGCUGGAAGAGGAGGAGGACGACCGUCCCUAUGACCCUGAGGAGGAGUAUGACCCAGAGCGAGCCUUUAACACGCCACUGCCCAACACCAACGCGAACACUGAGCACACGGAGCUUGCUGAGCGUGAGGAGGUGGCCUACGACCCAGAGGAUGAGACUAUCCUAGAAGAAGCCAAAGUCACUAUUGAUGACCUGCCCAACAGGAUGUGUGCCGAUGUUAAAAACACUUCUGUGGACCGGCCUGCUGAGUAUGUGUCCACAGCCCCUGCCCCGUCGCUGGUGGAGCAGCAAAAGAUGCUGGAGGAGCUCAACAAGCAGAUUGAGGAGCAGAAGCGACAGCUGGAGGAGCAGGAGGAGGCGCUCCGGCAGCAGAGGGCCGCUGUGGGGGUCUCCAUGGCUCACUUCUCUGUGUCUGAUGCCCUGAUGUCGCCAUCUCCCAAUUCAGCCCUCACCAAGGCUGAGCUGUUCCAGCAGGAGCAGCAAACCCUGGACCGGCUAGCUUUGCCCUCUGCCACGAGCCAGGCAGCACUCGGAAUGGGCACUGAGGCCAGGCCCAGCCGAGACCCUCGACAGGCAAGGAGGCUGGCCACUGAGAUUGGGGACAGCGAAGUGAGGCCACAGUCCAGCCCCUCACUCAGCACCCCACCCCCAGGAGACACUCCUGAGGAGAAGGACCUUCUGACACUGGACCAGAAUGGACAACGAGGUGGACCCCCAGAGAACCAGACUAAGCACCCAGCAGAAGAUGCGCAGCCUUUAAGAGCUGCAGACACGGGAGCUAAGCCCACACGCAAGGUCCUGUUGCCCACGCCCCCCAGCGCUGCCUUCCAGCCUAGCUUCCCCCUGCAAAGCUUCAGCCCUUCUGGAGGCAAGGACCCUUUCUCAGGCACAGCAUUUGCAUCUCAGGAACAAGCUCUCAGGCCAGUCCCCUGUGAGGAUCCAGGAACCACGCUGUUCUCUGAGAACAGCAGCACCUUGGCAACUGAGCUAGGAGGAGAGCACCAGCCCAAAGCCUGUGAGGGGGCCACCACCUUCCCCCUGUCCAUUCAGAAGGGUGGCAUCCCCCAGCCCCAGCCCCAGUUCCAGGGCCUGCGGGAACCUGCACCCCGCACUUUUGGAAUGUCAGGGCUGCAUGGCCCCAGCUUCCCUGGACCCAGGGGACCAGUGCUCCCAUUUUCAGAUGAUGGAGUUGAUGAUGCGGCACGGGGACCUCUGCACCCCCGAUUUGGGACCCAGAAGGGACCUAUUCCUCCCUUAUUCUCUGGGCCACAAGGGCCCUCUCCUUAUGGGGACACCAGAGGCCCCUCGCCCUCCUACCUUGGUGGGCCUCGAGGGGGAGCACCACCCCAAUUUGAAGAACGAAAAGACCCUCAUGGGGAGAACAGAGAGUUCCAGGAAGCCCCCUACACAGAAAUGGCUGGGCCCCCCACCCAGUUUGAAGGCCCAGAGCCCACCUCAUUUAUGGGACCUCGAAGCUCUGCCCCUUUCCAGUUUGGGGGCCCGAGACGGCCGCUACUGUCACAGUUUAAAGGACCCAGAGGAGGACCCCCUUCCUCCCAGUUUGGAGGCCAGCGAGGACCACCCCCUGGCCACUUUGUGGGCCCACGGGGACCCCAUCCAAAUCAGUUUGAAGGGCCUAGAAGCCAGCCCCCCAGCUUCAUGCCAGGACCCCGGGGGAUGCCCCCGCAGCAGUUUGAAGAGCAGAGGGUCAACUCCCCACCCAGGUUCUCCAGUCAGCGGGCAUCAGCCCCUCUCCAGUACGGGGGACCCCGGGGCUCUGCACCCUUCAUGGACAAGAAUGAGCAGGCCCCUGCUCGCUUCCACUUUCAGGGUCAACCUCCACAGGCCUCAAAGCCAGUCCCCAGGCCCCUGCUGGAGCUGCCCAGCCACCCCCUGCAGCUGCGGAAGGACCGCUGGGACGACGCUGGCCCCUCUGGUGCUGCCAGCAGCCCUGUGCCUGGCCCUGAAGCUGACGCACCUUGGCCACCGGCUGACUUCCGUGAGGGCAAGGGUCAUGAGUACCGUGGCCAGGCCUUUGAGGGGCGGCCUCGGGAGCGCUAUGAGGCUGGGCCCAAGGACAAAGCCCUGGACGAGCCUGAGGCCCAGCCACCUGAUGGCCGGCAGGCUAGGGCCUUUGAGGACAGACGGCGUGAGCGAGAGCAUGGAAAGGCGUGGGAUCGAGACCGUGGCAAGAACUGGGGUCGAGACCGGGACUGGGACAGACACCGGGACAAGGACUGUGGCCGCGAGUGGGACAAGAGCAGAGAGCGGAGCACCGCCAGGGACAGGGAGCGAGAGUGGGACCGCGGCCGGGAGCGCAGCAGGAACCGGGACAGGGACAGGCGGCGGGACCGUGACAGGUCUCGCAGCAGAGACCGUGACCGUGACCGCGACAAAGCCAGGGAUAAGGACCGAGACAAGGGUAGGGACCGCAGAGACCGCAGCCGCAGCAAGGAGCGAGGAGGCCGAGAGCUGAGAGCAGACGCCCCCCGCGGCCCAGACGAGGGAGGGCCAGUCCCCCCUGCCCAGGCCUAG